AGAAGACUAGGGCUCGAAAGGCCCUAAAGGUCAAGAUUCCCGACGGCAAGAAGAAUGCGGUACCUUCCGUUAUGACUACUCCCUCGAAGAAGAUCGAUUCUGGCUACCUCACCGGAAACAUGGCCUCCAGUUUCCCCAACUUGAUGACGCCUACUUCAGGUCAGCUCACGGGCACUAUGGGAUCAAUGUACCUGACCACGCCGGCGUCGACUUAUCCAAGGUCCCCAGUUACUCCUGGUCGCAUCGGUCCUCCAAGCACCCAGAAGCGCGGCGUGACGUCCGUCAACAAGCGUAAGAAUCAUUCACUCAAGGAGUCGAUGCCACCUUCGCGCGCCAUGGUACCCAACGUGCCUCUCACCGAUACGGAAGUUAUUGUCUACUUCUUCCAGUCUCUCGCACGUCCUCAGGUUGCACUGCGCCUCUACUCACGCCAUUGGGGCCCCGCUGGCAUCGUCGAGAUUCUUAACACACACCGUGAUAUCGAGGGCGGAUACCUUCGCAACACCUGCUCCGUCAAGUGCAUCACCGCUAUCAACCGAGGCAAAGACAAGUACGGCGAAGAUUGGGAAGAGUCAUUCCGCAGCCGAAUCGAGGAGGCUGACGAUAUUACUGCUACCGAUAUGAUGCAGCAUAAAGACGAUGAGUUGGAAGGUGUUGUUGACUAUGACAUUCGCGACAUGGGCAAGGGACUGCUCAAGCAUCCCAAGGAGGGCGAGGAUGGUGGUAUCUUCACCCGUUGUGUCAAGUAUUGCAUUGAACAUGACGCAGGCUAUACCUUGGCUAAUGUUCACCUGCUUGCUCUGGCUCUACAGGGCGGUAUUGACCUUCAAAAGUUGGUCAUUGACGGUGGCGAGGAGUUCGUCGUUGAGGACGAGGAGGGUAUUGAGGAGGAUGUCUGAGGUGUUUGAUUCAUACACAGGUUGUUCAAGUUGCAUGUUUGCAGUUGUACAGGAUAAACAUGGCGGAUACUAGGGCGGAUAAUGAUUGAGUAAACGAACGUCAC